AUGUCCACAUCGGCGUUCUAUUUACAAGGACCCGCUCUAUCCAGCCCAAGAAGGCACAGGGGAAUCUACUGGUGCUCUGAGGAAGCCAAUGGAGAGAAUUCAGAGGAGGACUCUGGGGAAGAACCCGAGGAAGACUCAGAUAAAGAUGACUCUGACGAAGACUCUGAGGACAACUCUGAUGGGGAAGAUUAUGACAAGGGAGAUGGACGACAGGAGAAAAGGCCAGUUGGUAAAGUGUCCAAAAGUGAAGAAUCAACCUCUUGCUACAAGGUUGUUAACAACGAGCAAGAUGACCAGGAUAUAUUGGUAUUUGAAAUUUUCUUUAAUUAA